AUGGACCCAUCAUACUCGGGACUUGUCGCCCAAGUCGCGUCUCUCCCUCCACCGCCACAACUACUUCUCUUCGGAGACUCUAUUACACAAGGCGCCAUCUCGCUUCAGACCGAUCUAACAAAACGCUAUAUGCGUCGCCUAGAUGUUCUGAACCGCGGUUUCGGUGGAUACAACACCAACUCGGCCUUAACUCUCCUCCCAUCAUUCUUCCCAGCAGUGGCUCCCUCGAAAACUGUGCCUCACGUUGCGGUUAUGACGGUACACUUUGGCGCCAAUGACUCUUGCAGUCCUGGCGAACCUCAGCACUGUGACCUCGACACUUUCAAGUUGAAUAUCAGGCGUAUUCUGAACUGGGAGGGUGUAAGGCUCCAUGGAACAAAAGUCAUUCUUGUUACGCCCUCUCCAGUUGAAGAGUAUCGGCUACCACAUGACGGAAAUGGCAGGGCCGAGAGAGUAGCCAUGUAUGCACAAAUGAUUCGGGAUAUCGGUGAGAGUGAAAACGUACCUGUCGUUGACCUUUGGGCCGCGAUGAUGCGUGCCACUGGCUUGAAAGAAGGGGACGUUUUGCCUGGGUCUUUAAGAACAGUGCCCAGCGUUGAACUAGGGCGACUUUUCUAUGAUGGGCUUCAUUUGAACCAGGAUGGAUAUGAGAUCUACACAAAGGAGCUUUUACGCGUUUUAGAAGCGGAAGUACCAGAGUGUCAAAUACUGGAAACUAACGAGUGGUAUCCUGAAUGGAUCAGGUUUCAUCCACCUGCUGAGACUAAGGUCGAGACGAAUGGCUACUGA